AAUAGUGGGAUCUCAAAUUAAAAGGCAUAAAUAAUAGCGGGACUGAUCUAACCCCGAUUCAGCCUCUUCUGUUUGUAGAGCUCCUGGGCAAGGGGUAUCUGAGCGCGUGCCCGCUCAUCCAUACAUUCACACAUAGGCGGGAGCGCGUGCGCGCUUCUACACCCCUCCCUCCCCAGCCUGGACCCCACGACCAGGACUCCAGAGCGGAGCCGCAUCCGACAAGUAGCGCAAAGCCCAAGAGCAGGAUCCCUGGCGGUGGAACAAACUGGCCUGGCGGUUUGGAGGCGGCGGGUUUUUUCAGGGCCCGGCUUCUCCCCCUUCGCGGCCGGGUCGCCAUGGAAGAACUUACGGCGUUUGUGUCCAAAUCUUUUGACCAGAAAAGCAAAGAGAGCAGCGGCGGUGGAGGCGGUGGAGGCGGUGGAGGCGGUGGCGGCCACAAGAAGGAGUCCAUUACGUACCGGGAAGUUUUGGAGAGCGGGCUGGCGCGGACUCGGGAGUUGGGCGGCUCCGAUGCCACUGGCCUGCAGGAGCUGGCCGAGGGCGGCCCCCACUGCCCGAUUCACCUUUUCAAAGAGCCUGGGGAGAGCGACAAGGACAAGCUCAAGGACUUCAACCACGCCAACAGGACCUCGGAAGGGAUCUAUGAAUGCAAAGACAAGAGAGAGGAGGUGAAAUCUGAGGACGAGGACGGUCAAACUAAGUUGAAACAGCGGAGAAGCAGAACGAAUUUCACCCUGGAACAACUGAACGAGCUGGAGAGGCUAUUCGACGAGACGCACUAUCCGGAUGCUUUCAUGAGGGAGGAGCUGAGCCAAAGGCUUGGGCUGUCUGAAGCUAGGGUGCAGGUUUGGUUCCAGAACAGAAGAGCCAAAUGCCGAAAACAGGAGAACCAGAUGCAUAAAGGUGUGAUCUUGGGGACAGCCAGCCAUUUAGAUGCCUGCCGAGUGGCCCCCUACGUGAACAUGGGAGCCCUAAGGAUGCCUUUCCAGCAGGUCCAAGCUCAGUUGCAGUUGGAGGGGGUCACCCAUGCUCACCCUCACCUCCAUCCUCACCUAGCUGCUCACGCCCCUUAUUUGAUGUUUCCUCCCCCUCCCUUUGGACUCCCAAUCGCCUCCUUGGCUGAUUCUGCCUCUGCAGCUGCAGUUGUGGCUGCAGCUGCCAAGAGCAACAGCAAGAAUUCCAGUAUCGCUGACUUGAGGCUCAAGGCCCGGAAACAUGCUGAGGCCCUGGGGCUUUGACAUUUCCUUUCUGGAAGCAGUUUCAUUGGCAGGAUGGACAAUAAUUUCGUUUUCUCCAGCUGCCAUCCAUGCUUGGCUGAGACAAGGACAAGUGCUAGAUUUUGAAAAGCUUGGGAGUCCUUAUAGAUGCACAAUCAGCACUGGCCUGCUUUUUCUUCCUUUCUUCUUUCUCUUCUUCUUCAUCUUCCUAUUUUGUUCCAAGAUGUAAGAAGUGAUUCAGUUGAUCUGAGGAUUUAAGGACCCACCUGUCUACCUUUUGAUUUUGGCCAAGUGCUUAGUGCUGCUAAUUGCAGUCAAACUUUUUCACUCCCACCAGAUGCACACUGGGUCUGAAUUUUAGGUAAAAAUAACAACUUUACAAAAGAAAAAUAAACAAGAAUACUUUGGAGAGAUAAUUCUUCAAAUUAUGUGGCAUCUUUGAAUGUUGGAACAAUUGGUACUUGACCAUGGCCAAAGUGAUCAUUGUGUCAGCCUAAAACUGUUCACUGCUAUCAGUUUUGAAAGUUGUGCAUGUACCUAACAUCUAACACCAUUUGGAAAUCACAGACUCUACUGAAACAAAACCCAAGCUUGAAACAAUUCCAGGGGCUGGUCUCCAUUACCAUGACAUUUCUCCUUAGUUGCCAAGUAUACUCUAGCUAUUUCAUAAACUGCUCAUGAACUAAUUUAAAACAUGGAAUUUCAAAUCACAGAUAAGGUAGUUUAAUCUGGACAUAGCUGUAUAUUUUACAAGGAGCUGCAACAACACAAACGUUUGAGAGACAAAAUUACACAAAAAUCAGAGGUGAUCUAAGAGGUGAUCAUCUAACAAUGAUAAUGAACAGAAUAAUAAUUAACCAUCUGAACAAGCAGAUAUGCUUGUAAGACAAGGACAGGUUGACUUCCUUGCUUUGCUUUCCAGAUGUUUGGAUUUCUCAGAAAAAAAAAUCUCUUUGGCUUGCUCUUAAGAGAUUGAUUCAGCUAUCAAAGAUGGACAUGCAGUUUUAAAAGCAUAAUACUGAUGCAGUGUUACAUUUAGUGAAAUGCAAUUGAGUGCAGUAAAGUGCAAUACUAUAAAUAUUUUAGAUUAAAAGUGAAAAAUAGCAACACAUUCUUAUUCUGUUGGUAACCUACUCUAUAGAAACUGUUACCUGGUCCUUGGUGCUCAGACUUAAGAAUGAUCAUUUAUUGCCAAAAUUAGAUAGUCUGGUUUUUCUAUGGUAUGGUGAAGAAAUAUGAAUUGCUUAUAUAAAGGGAAUUGCCAUUAUUUUGAUCUGGUUUAUGUCCCAUAUUUCUGGGAACUAAGCUCAACUGCCUGUUUUAAUUAUUAUAAUUUUAAUUAGUGUUAUUAUUUGGCAAAUUGUUUUAAAAUAAGGAGCAACAAUCAAGAAAAUGUCAUAUAUAGGUGGAUAAAUUCAGUGUGUGAAUUGUAUAAAUGCAUAGAAAUAAAUCCAGUUUUAGGCACAUUAAAUGCACCUUCAUUGGAGUUUUCAAAUGAGUAAAAUCUGUAAUAUCCGUCAUAGAGAAAAAGGGAAAUCAACUGAAAUUGUAUUACCAAACUGGCUGGGAUUAUUAUGCCUAUGUUUCUCACUCGCGUGUAAAUUUAUUUAACCAACUCAUUAAUUUGGUGCAUGAUCUGGGGAGAAAUAUUCAUCUCCUUCUAUAACUGUUUGCAUUUGAUACCAACAUUUCACUGAUGGAAUCUUUGCUUCUCAACAGCAUACAGUCAUCCAAUCUUUUGCCCUCAAAUGUAUUUGUUUUUUAAAGCAAUUAGUAAUUGAAUAUUUUGUUAUUUUUUUAAUCAAUUUAUAAGAUAUAUUUAAUUUGUGAGUUCAUAUUUUCAAACUUUGCUCCUAAUGUUGAUAUUUUCUAUUGAACACUCACUCUUAACUGUUGGCAUAUUACCUUUCACCAUUCAUUUAUUUGGUGUAAAUUAUAUUUUGAAUAUACUUAAGAACAGAUACAUUUACCUGACUUUCCUAUGUCUUUGCAAAAGCCCCAGUACCUCUUUGUGCCAAGACUAUAAUAAAAGCAUAACAUUAAAUGUAUCUACAGUCUUGCACACAGGUAUACAUAGGACUGCCACAUUUGA